GUUAAAGGUGUCAGAUUUCCUCCAGCGACAGUUAGCAUGAAACUUUUGUCGUCUCCAUUUUUCAGGACCAUCAGCCGAGAGAUUUAACCAACGGACGCGCUCCUAGUUCACUGCAGCGGGCUUUUAUGGAACAACUCCGCGGUGUUUACACCCUUAUUUACCGCGGACUCAGGAUUUGUUUUAUUUAGUUCUUUAUUAGUAGUAGUACUGUUUUUUUAUUUUUAAAGUGAGACUGGUGACAUGGCUGAGGGGGCGGACUGUGGCUCUGUCAACGCCGCCAAGAGGAGGCAACCGGCGGGGAGGAAGAGCCGUCAGAGCCAGCAGAAGACCUCUAGCAGCCGGGUGAUAUUGGAGAAAGUUCUUGGUAUCAGCACGGUCAGCAGCAGCGGUUUGACCUCUGACCCCAACUCUGGGCUCAUCGCCUACCCUGCAGGGUGUGUCAUUGUGUUGCUUCAACCAAAGAAGAACAAACAGAGUCACAUCAUCAACACGUCCAGGAAGCCCUUCACGGCGCUGGCCUUCUCUCAGGAUGGAAAACACCUGGUCACUGGUGAGAGCGGUCACAUGCCCUGCGUGCGGGUGUGGGAGGUGGGCGGAGGUCUGGUAGCCGAGGUCCAGUCUCAUAAAUACGGAGUUUCCUGCGUGGCGUUCUCCUCCAACGGCUGCUACAUCGUCUCUGUGGGAUACCAGCACGACAUGACGGUCAGCGUGUGGGACUGGAGGAAAGGGUCCAUCAUCGCGUCCAACAAGGUGUCCAGCCGGGUCGUCUCCGUCUCCUUCUCCCAGGACAGCAGCUACUUCGUCACCGCAGGAAACCGACACGUCAAGUUCUGGUACCUGGACGCCUCCAAAGAACGACGGGUGAACAGCACGGUGCCUCUUAUUGGCCGCUCGGGGCUGCUGGAUGACCAUAAGAACAGCGUGUUCAGCGGCGUGGCGUGUGGGCGGGGCCUCAGGGCGGCCAACACAUACUGCAUCACCAGCUCCGGUCUGCUGUGUCUGUUCAACAGCAGCCGACACCUGGAGGCGUGGGUCAACCUGAAGACGUCGUCGGCGAGCUGCCUGGCGGUCAGCGAGGACUUCAUCUUCUGUGGUUGUGCCGCCGGCGUCAUCAGGGUGUUCAGUCCGUCCGGCCUGCAGUACAUCACCACGCUGCCGCGGCCGCACCGCCUCGGAGUCGACGUCACGCAGAGCGGAACCCCAUCACCUGCCGGUCCAGGUGAUCAGUACCCCGACACGCUGGCUCUGACCUUCGACCCCGCCGGCCGCCAGCUGACCUGCGUUUACAGCGACCACAGCGUGUACGUGUGGGACGUCACAGACGUGAGGAGGGUGGGGAAGACGUACUCGGCUCUGUACCACAGCAGCGGCGUGUGGAGCAUCCAGGUUUAUCCGGAGCUGCAGGAUCCGGGCCGGGCCUGCCUACCUCCGUCCUCUUUCCUCACCUGUUCGUCGGAUAACACCAUCAGACUGUGGCAUGCCGAGCCACCGGCCGGACACCAGAACCUCUACAGCAACGACCUGAUCAGGAUCCUGUACAUGGGGGAGGCAGCCGGGGCCGACGGGAAGGCGGGGAUCCGGGUCUUGGGUAUCAGUCCGGAUGGGCAGCACCUGGCCGCCGGAGACCGCUGUGGAAACCUCCGGAUCUUUGGUCUGGAGUUCCUGGAUGAGCUGGUGAAGAUCGAAGCUCAUGAUUCCGAAGUUUUAUGUCUGGAGUUCUCUCCCUCGUCCACAGGGGUGAAGCUGUUGGCUUCGGCCAGUCGGGACCGACUGAUCCACGUCUUCAACCUGGACAAGAACUUCAGCCUGGAACAGACCCUGAACGACCACUCUUCCUCCAUCACGGCCGUCCGGUUCACAGGUGAGAAUCCAGAGGUCCGGAUGGUGAGCUGCGGAGCCGAUAAGAGCAUCUACUUCCAGCCGCAGGCCUCGGAGGGUUUGUCGUUCUCCAGGCGUCACCAUGUAGUUGAAAAGACGACCCUGUACGACAUGGACCUGGACUCAUCCAGAACCCACGUGGUCGUGGCCUGUCAGGACCGGAACGUCAGGGUCUACGAUGUGGAGACGGGGAAGAUGAAGAAGUGUCUGAAAGGCUCGUCCAGCGAUGACGGAGCUCUGCUGAAGGUCCAGAUGGAUCCGUCCGGCUCGUUCUUCGCCACCAGCUGCUCGGAUAAAAACAUCACCGUCUUCGACUAUGAGUCCGGAGAGUGUGUGGCCACCCUGUUCGGUCAUUCAGAGAUCGUCACCUGUAUGAGGUUCAGUCCGGACUGCAGACACCUGAUCUCCGUGUCAGGAGACAGCUGCGUGUUCGUGUGGCGGCUGGACUCCCACAUGACCACCACCAUGAGGAAGAGGCGGGGCCUCAGAUCCACGUGUAGACCUGAGACCUGCAAGCAGCCGAACAUCAGGAGGGAGACCUUCAUCACCGGACCUUCAUCCCAGCUGCUACAGACCGAGGAAGAGGAGCAGGAAGUGGCUGACCACGGGACUCCAGCCAGACCGGACCUGGAACCAGCGGCUCCUCCUCUCCAGACCAACGGGAAACUGCCUCUGUGGUUCAGGAAACUGCAGGGUCACGGCGACACCUCCUCCAUCGUCCAACCAAACGGCGAGCCUCAGCAGGUACGGAGCCGGUGGGCGGAGCAAGUGAACCCUCUGACUAUCUGCUCCAGCUUCUCCCCGAGUCCCACCAGGAGUAAGGAGGAGGAGGAGGACGAAGACUUUCACCCUCAGAGUCUGGAGAGUCUGCUGGGAGACGAGGAGUUGGAGGAAGAAGAGCAGACGGCAGGUGAAGGACACCAGACCUUCAUCCUCCAUCCUGAGGACAGAGACUUCUGCGUGGAUCCUCACCAGUCUCUGACCCAGCUGGAGGUCAGAGGUCAGGGGGCGGAGCCUGUCUGUAGCACUCAGCUGAGUCCGGACUCCGCGUGUUCCGAGGGGUCGACAGGAAGUCUGGAGCAGCAGCAUGAUGCCGACACAGACUCUCUGAGUCAGGGCAGCUCUGUAGGCAGUCUGGGUCUGGAGGACGAUGAGGACAGGAACUCUCUGAAGGACUACUUUGACACUUUGGCCUCCAGUCUGAGUGAAGAGAGGUUUGACACCGACCUGAGGACUCUGCAGCCUCCAGAGGAAAAACACUUCCUGAACCCACGACUGAGCAUCUCCACGCGCUUCCUGUCCCGCUUCCAGGACAGACUCAGGGCAAAGCAAACCAGAGCGCCGCCUCCAGCUACAGUCUCAAGUAGAAUCUCAGAGGAGAGCAUCCUCAGCAACGUCUUGGUGACCUCGGAGUCGAGCUCUAACGUCUCCUCAGCAGCUCUGACCCGAGCAGGAAGUCCUGGUUCUGUGCAGCGGUACCGGUCCACCAGAACUUCCUGUGGGAUUUCCCAUCAGCCCCAGCGGUCGACGCCACGACGACGACGCACGGUGGUGGUCGUCAAGUGUAGGAGGACGCUGGGAGACGUCACCUCCAGCAGCCAGCAGGUCGACUCGCAGCUUCGUCACCUGGAACCUCCACCCAGCCCCAAACUGAGCCACAGCCUCCCCACCUUCGUCACCACCACCUCCACCCAGGAGGAGAACAAGGAGAACCUCCCCUCGUCCUCCUCAGACGUCCUCCACCCAUCUGCAGGUCCGGACCUCCAGACCAGAAAACCUGAUGAGAGCAUCAGCCUGCAGGUGGCCACGCCCACUCAGGUGACAUCACAGGGCCGAACCACAACAUGGAGCAUCAGCAGCACAGGGGAGACGCCGACCAAUCAAAACCAAACGCUGAUCCAGUGCCCCGCCCCGUCCCCUCUGCCCACCACACCUGCCUUGACAGGUGUGGACGAGACCAGAAUCCAGAGGGAUCCAGAUGUAUCUUCAGCAGCUGAUUUGUUGCCCUCUGCCCCACCCACCUGCUCCUCCUCCCCUAUAUCACACAGACUCCGCCCACUUCCAACAGAUGAUUCCACCUGGACGACAGAUCCAGGUCCAGAUGAAGACCAGGUCAGCAUCCAGCAGUGUCAGCAGGUCGCCAACGAGCUCAGACAGUCGGUGAGACGAGCCGUUCUCCUCUACAGUCAGCUCGGUGGUCUGGAGCGCCAUCUUCAGAAGUCCUCCAUCCUGGAGGAGGCGUUCGCCAUCGUGGACUCAGAGCUGCAGGCGGUGCUGCAGGCGCCGGGAGGGCGGGGACCAGGCCAUGCCCCCUCUGGUCAGCUGGAGGACGAGGGGACGAAGUCGCUGUUGGAGAAAUACUCGGACCUGUUGGUGCAGAUCACCCAGAACAAACUGAACCGGAUUUGAACCAGAACCAGAGGACCUGAUUGGAACCGAAAGCACCUUAAUGUUUUUACUCAUUUUGUUUAAUAAACGAGUUUUUACCUCCA